UCGCGCUUUCCACACCACACGGACGUGUUUCGACGUCCGGAAAAAUAAUAAACUUUAACCUCACAAAAAACAUUAUUAUAACGAAUUAUAAAUAAAUAUAUCAGGUGUUGCUGAACUUUCUAGUGUUUCAUUCUUAAUUUUUAAUCAGUGGUUAGUUGUCAAGUAGUUUAAAGAAAGUUGAUUUGACGUUUCGCUGUGCUGUGCUAAAGUUUUGGUUUUGUUUGAGGUUUAUGAACUGCAUCCGGAAUCUUUUAGGUUAUUCGAUUACCACAAUUACCAGAAAAUUUGGAUACUCCUAGAUAUUGGUCUUUAAUCUUCUCAAGCUAACUUGAUUAAAACGUUUUCACAAAAGCUCCAGUCAAGGAAAUUAGUCCAUAAGAAGCUCUGUUUAUAAGAUGUGACAAAACCCAUCAUGGCAGCCACGGACGGCCAAGUAGUGGUCGCAGCUUGCCGCUGGUCUGAUGAGGGCCACUACCUUAGGGAGUUCGCAGUUAAAAAUCGCCUGCCGAACGUAGCAAAGAUCAUCAAGGGACAGUAUGGAGGUCUGGGAGUACCAACUCUACCAAGCCCUGGCUUGCAGAGCACAGCGUUACUUGUGUCUGCAGGAAAAAGAAAGAAAAUUAUUGCACAAGCUAUCAAACUAAAAGAAGGGAGACGCAUGGUUAGUGUUGGACCGAGAAUAGCUAUUCCCGAAACCUACAAAGGCUACUUUGAAUUAUUAAGUGAAGAAGGCAGAGCAGUAAGAUGUAUAGAAUCUGUAGGUGAAUUAGCGAGGAGAAAACUAGACGAUGGCUGCUUAGUAAGGGAACCAGUUAGAGUAAUUUGUGCUAAAGUUGACUUGGAUGGGAAUGUAACCGCGGACGGAGCAAGAAACUUACCAGCGGGAGAAGUAAUAAUGCCCAGAGGUGAAACCUUUUUAGGUAAAAGUAAAUAUUUGAAAUGUACCGAUUCUAAAGGAGAUACUGUUUUACUUAGCUUAGAUCAAAGAGGAAAGUUCUCUGCUAUUGCUAAAGAAGAGAAUAUUAGCGGCGUACAUACAGCCAAAACAUUACUGACAAAGCGAUUGCCAAUAACUGUUAGACUUGUACAUGGGACUCCACCUAGAGGAUUAAAAAGUGCAAAUCAUUUCGUACCAGAACUGAGAUUGCUUUCUUUAUUUGAAGAAGAUCACGUUUUUGCCCUACCUUUACAAAAAGAGGGCAAUGCGUUAGUAGCAUUACCUCUUGCUGCUCCCUUAAAAAUGUUACGAUGCAAAAACGAAGAACAGAUAAAAAACUUCAUGGAAUUUUCGAGACUAGUAGAAAAAUGCAAUAAAUUGCUUGUAGAUGUGGUGGAUCGAAUACACGUGUUAGAUGGUAAACUUGGAGAUCCCAAAAGACUGUUAAAAGCCCCACUCCUCGCACCACCGUUAAUAAAAACCGGUUACUUCCUAAGAAGAAGUGCUUCUUCAGAUACUGCCAAUCAACAUAAGUAUAUAAACCGUCACAGUCACAUAUAUAGCAGCCAUAGAGACGAACACAGUAUCCCUGAUGAGUAUGAUGAAAUAGAUCAAAUAUAUGAUUACGUCAGAGGCUUUGCUCCUCUUCCGAAGAAUAUCAAAGCAUCAUAUUCCAAUGAACCAAUACGGCACGAGUCAGCACCCGCCUCACCAGCAGCUACACCUAUUCACAUGCCUUUAAUAACAGAAAUUAAACCAGAACCGCCCCCCAUAGAAACUAUUCCAACAAAAAAGCCGUUUAACCAAAAAGCUGAAAAGCGCACGCGAAAAACUGCCGUAGCGACAAAAGAACCUCCCGUAACUGUUUACAAAGAAAAAUGUACAAUCGCUCCAGUACCAAAUUUACCCAAAUUGUACAUUAAAAACAGUGUAAGUAACAGUAAAGGUAGGAUAUUGGUCACUCAGAAAAGUCAUCCGCCGAUUAAAGAAGCGCCUAGUCCAGGUACUAGUCCAAUACGACCUUUAUCUAAAGGUGACUCCCCAAUCUUCAACAUACGUUACAAAAGCCUGUCGAACAUACAUCAAGCAAUGGAGUUAGAUGGUACAUUAGACUCGAGCCACUCUGGUGGCAGAACGUCAGGAGAUUCAGGCAAUGGUCCAAAACUUCCAGAAAAGCGAUCUAGAAAAUUAAGCAGACCUAAGUCCUUGACGAAUUUAGUGUGGGAGCUAAAAGGAUGUCCUGUGGAAACUAAUGAAAAACCAAAACCUAGAGUUAAAAAUGAAGGCUAUAAGAAAAUUGGAAAUAAAUUGUCUUUGGGGGCUCAAAAGAGAGUGCCUACGCUGUAUCUUUAAUUUUUGGUCCACGUUGUCAAAACAAAAGACAAGGCGACGACCAAAUAUGAAUAACAGCGAACGAACGCGAAACUGCAACGAGUCAAAAGAAAACUUUUUGAAAAAACAUUCGAUUGUCUCUAAAAUAUCAAAUGUAUUUUGAUCUCCUUAAUCAAUAAUUAUUUUAUUUAUAAUGUAAUGCCAUAUUACGGUAUAAUUGAUGUUAGUCUUAAUAAUAAUUGAAACUAAGAUAUUGACUUAUGUUAACCAAAAUAACAUGAAGUUAAUAAAGACAUUCUUGGGUCAAACAAUAUUUUACCUGAUAUUUGUCAGCGUUCUUUUAAGAAAAAAAUGUAUACAUUGCAAACGUAUCAAUUGCAACCAACAAGAAAAAAUAUCGGAUUAUUUGUAUCUAAUUUCGGAGCUCAAGAUUGUCUUAAUUACUUAAUUAGUCUGGCUCUAAUCAAAUGGACAGUCCCAAUUUACAUAGUUUUUAUCAUCCUACUCAUUUUCAUAGCCGUAUCAUUAAAAUUUUAAAAAUACAAGGUUUUUAUUAAAUUCUAUAUAAGUGAAUAAAUCUAACUAAAAAGAAAUAAGUUAAAUUAAAACUCAAGUUUUUAAGUUUUAUCAAGAUGGCGCCCUUAAAGCAACUAUGACAUGACAAUUGACAGCAAACUUCAAAUCGACUACUGUAUUGAAAACGUCAUCAAUCCGCCAUUAUUACCAUAUUAGUGUUGCAAUUCUUGGGAGAGAAUAAAUAUUAUUUCGAAAAAAAGAAUUAAAGUAAAUUCUUAGAUUUGUAUAAUCAAAAAUAGUUAAAAAAAUUGUUUUCUUUUAUUUUCGCCAGGGUACAAUGACUGAUCCUGGGCUCCAUAAAAUUUUGGACCCUCUCCUUUGUAACUCAGCGCUCGAAGAGUUUUUUUUAUUAGAGAGUUCAUACCAGUUAGUCAGUGGCUGGUUUACAUAAUCAGUUUAAAUUCAAUUGAUACUUACCUAGUUUAAAAACUGAAGAAAUAUUAAUACACUUUUACAAAUAUUUAAAAGUUGUUAAUAUUAUUUUGAGAUAAUAAUUAUUUUAAGCUGACUUCAAUGUUUAUAAAAAAAAUGCCGUCGAAAUUACCCAUGAGCGUACCAUAAAAUAACCAUAACAUACCUACUGUUUCACAAAAAAAUAAACAAAGUACUUUAUCACUAAUUACUGUUCUAGACAUGACUAUUUUUUUAAUAAAUAUUUCUCUCAUUUGGCUGUAUAAAACUUGGAUUUUCUCUGAAAGAAAUUAUAUUUUCACGAAAUACAAAACCAAAAAAUCGAGGUGCCUUAUUAAGUAAUUAAAUCGCUUAAUGAACAUUAAUCUUCGUCGAAAUGUGUAAUCAUAAAAUUAAUUUAAGAGAAAAGUCACAACUCUGGUAGAUAUUUAGUUAGAAUAGUCAACGUCAUAUAUUAUUAUUAGUUUGCAUUUAAAACUUAUGAUGAUAGUUAUGUAUAGUCUACUGUUUCGGUAAUGCAUUGAAAAUUUAAAAAUAUAAGUGUUCCCACACAUCAUGAAUUAUUUACUUACAUUGACCGGUAUACCGUGCACGCAUGCUUUUUCUUGAUAUUAUUUUAAUAAUAUCUAGAAAAAAGUACUUGAUUUAUAUUAGAAGCAAGGCAAGUUCGUUGAUGACUCUCCCAUGAUAUGCGGGCGACGUGGGGAAAGGACGGGUGUGAGCUCGAGCGCACGGGGCAGAGGAAAGGACUACGCGGGUAUGAAGUCAUGCACGCGGGGCAUAGCUACCCUCCUCCCGGCCCGCGCGGACGGGAGUGUUACGAACGAAUAUGCCAAGCUAUAUAUUACUCCUAUUAUCUAGCUGACAAAUAGGUACAGAUCAAAGUCGUUACAUAUACCUCUAAAAUUUUAUUUGCAUGUUUUAUUUAAAUAUUCACUUGUAAACUACUUGACCGAUUGAGAUCGUAUUUAAUCAUAUUAUUUGUCAAUCAGUAUAUUCCGAAAAGUGUAGAACAACGGGUCAGCUAGCUAAAGAGAUCAGUACAGAGCUACUUUUUUAAAUUACCUAUUUAGACCUAACUAUGUUAUGUACCUUCAAUUAAGAGCUAAGUUAUCAUGAUAGGUUACUUGGAGGUUCAAAAUAACCGGCUUUUUGGUUACAAGUAUACAUUUUGGAUCUUCAAUUGGCUUAUCGUAUGAAUUAUGGUUAAGGUAUUGUCAAUAAACAAUUGUUAUUCAUUGAUAUAACUCUAGUUCCAAACAUUUCUAAUUAGUUUUGUAAUAAUAUCUAUUAUGACUAAUAUUUUUAUGUCUACGUACGGGACUUCUUUAAUCAAGAAAGUAUUUAACCUACCUAUUGUAUUAUUCGACUUUUAAAAAAAAUCUUGUCUAUAUUUUAAAAUCACACUAUUGUACUUGUAAAGUGUAUGUACAUAGAUAAUUAAAAGCAUGGGUAAUACAAAGCAGUGAUAGUAGGCCCUACUUUUAAAUUACUGGCCACAAAUAAAUGCGUAUCUAAUAAUAAAUUAAAUCUCUAUGUGCAAUCUCAGCUGUUUUUAAACGUUAUGCAUAUAGAAAGCGUAAGAAGUCCCGAACUUUUUAAAUUUUUUAAAAUUGUAUUCCAAAUAUUCUUACUAGUUGAUUUAUUCCUUGUAAUUUUUAAGGAAACUUAUGUCACGCGUCAUUAUUAUAAGUUUUGAGUCUUGAUAUUGUAAUUCUUAUGCAAUAAACAAAAUGAUUUUACGAA